AGCGCGGGGCGGGGAGCGCCGGGCCGCGGCGGCGGGCGCUGCUGCGCGGCUCAGUUUCUGUCUCGGACUCCGCCGGGAUCGCGCCCGGAACUCGGCGGCGGCUCCGCGGAGCGGUGUGCAUCAGCACUGUUGUGAACAAUGGCCCCCUUCUUACGGAUAUCUUUCAACUCAUUUGAGCUGGGACCUGUGCAGAAUCAAGGGGAACAACUACAGCCUUUCUGCGCGAUCAAGAUGAAGGAGGCAUUGACUACAGAGAGAGGAAAAACUCUGGUUCAGAAGAAACCCACCAUGUAUCCGGAAUGGAAGUCUACUUUUGAUGCCCACAUUUAUGAAGGACGCGUGAUUCAGAUUGUUCUCAUGAAAGCAGCAGAAGAGCCAUUAUCUGAAGUGACUGUAGGUGUGUCUGUCCUGGCGGAGCGCUGCAAGAAGGGCAGUGGCAAAGCAGAAUUCUGGCUUGACCUACAACCUCAGGGGAAGGUGCUGAUGGCUGUGCAGUAUUUUUUAGAAGAUGCAGAUUGCAGACAGUCAAUGAGGGAAGAAGAAGGAACAGUAACUAUCAACAGGAGAGGAGCUAUCAAGCAAGCAAAGAUCCACUACAUCAAAAAUCAUGAAUUUAUUGCUACCUUCUUUGGACAGCCCACAUUUUGUUCUGUCUGCAAAGAGUUCGUAUGGGGACUGAACAAACAAGGAUACAAAUGUAGGCAAUGCAACGCUGCUAUUCAUAAGAAAUGUAUUGAUAAAAUCAUUGGGAGGUGUACUGGUACUGCAGCCAACAGCAGAGACACAAUGUUUCAGAAGGAACGUUUCAACAUUGACAUGCCUCACCGCUUCAAAGUUUACAACUACAUGAGCCCUACUUUCUGUGACCACUGUGGCAGCCUGCUCUGGGGGCUGGUCAAGCAAGGACUCAAAUGUGAAGAAUGUGCAAUGAAUGUGCAUCAUAAAUGCCAAAAGAAGGUGGCCAACCUGUGUGGAAUUAACCAGAAGUUGCUAGCUGAAGCUUUAACUCAAGUCAGCCAGAAGUCCACACGAAGGUCUGAUUCUGGAUCUGUAGAAAAUGUUGGUAUUUACCAGGAUUUUGAUAAGAAACAUCGAGGUCCAGGAGGGGAUGCAACAGCAGAUAACAGCCAAUAUGAUAAACUCUGGGAGGGGAGCACUGCCAAGCCAGCACCACGAAUUGCAAGCAGGAGAAAAUUCAAUAUAGACAGCUUUGUCUUCCAUAAAGUACUGGGGAAAGGAAGUUUUGGAAAGGUCCUGCUUGCUGAGCUAAAAGGAAAGAAUGAGUUCUUUGCUAUCAAAGCUCUGAAGAAAGAUGUGGUGCUAAUUGAUGAUGAUGUAGAAUGUACCAUGGUGGAGAAGCGGGUCCUAGCACUUGCAUGGGAAAAUCCAUUUCUCACACACCUUUAUUGCACAUUCCAGACAAAGGAUCACCUGUUUUUUGUUAUGGAGUUCCUGAAUGGGGGAGACCUGAUGUUUCACAUACAAGAUAAGGGGCGUUUUGAUCUCUACAGAGCAACGUUUUAUGGAGCUGAAAUUUUAUGUGGGCUACAGUUUCUUCACAGCAAAGGCAUUAUUUAUAGAGACCUAAAACUGGACAAUGUUAUGCUCGAUAAAGAAGGCCACAUCAAAAUAGCUGAUUUUGGAAUGUGCAAAGAAAAUGUAGUUGGUGAGAACAAGGCAAGCACUUUCUGUGGGACCCCGGACUACAUUGCUCCAGAGAUUCUGCAAGGCUUGAAGUACACAUUCUCUGUGGACUGGUGGUCGUUUGGGGUCCUGCUAUACGAGAUGCUCAUUGGGCAGUCCCCUUUCCAUGGGGAUGAUGAAGAUGAGUUGUUUGAGUCAAUCCGAGUGGACACACCUCACUACCCACGCUGGAUUACCAAGGAAUCAAAAGAUAUAUUAGAAAAGCUAUUUGAAAGAGAUCCAACAAGAAGACUCGGUGUCACUGGGAAUAUUAGAGAUCAUCCUUUCUUCAAAACCAUCAACUGGACGACCCUGGAGAAGAGGGAGGUAGACCCUCCUUUCAAACCAAAAGUGAAGUCAGCGAGUGAUUACAACAACUUUGACAGAGAAUUUCUGAAUGAGAAGCCGAAGCUCUCCUACAGUGACAAAAACCUGAUUGACUCCAUGGAUCAGUCUGCGUUCGAUGGCUUCUCCUUCACCAACCCGAAAUUUGAACAGAUCUUAGAAAAAUAGUCUGAACGGAGCCAGACUUACAAAUGCUAUGACCAGAAAACUGCAGUGCUAAGUGGUGUGUUCCAGUGAUGUGUCAAUACUUCAGAGUAGCAGCUCCUUGUGUGGUUAAUCAUGUGUAACUGCUGAUUUAUUGGCAGUGUUUUAUGCAUGGCCGGGUGUGAGGUAUGUGAAUCACGUGCAUUAUUUUCUCUGUUUGGGAAAAUGUAAAUUGUUUGGUUACUUGAAUGUAGUUAUGUUUUAUAUAUAUAUAAAUAUAUAUGCUGUAUAUUUUGCUCAAGACAUUGGAGAAUGGAAGAUGUCUUUUUAAAAAAAUGUGUUUGAGCCCUUGGUUUUUUUGUCCUCACUUCAAAGAAAGUUACAUUAAACUUUCAUUCCUCACUUUGAUUUCUUUUUCCUGGACAAAUACCCAAUUUAAACUCCAGUUGUAAUUAAUCCACAGUAGAAAACGAUAAUAGCUUUCAAGUCUUCUUCGCUUACAAAGAUAAGAAAAACCUUUCAGAAUUAUCUGAAAUGAGGAAUUAACAGCCUGCAGCUGGUGGAGGCAGCAGGGCAGUGCUGCUCUGGGCACUGAGGCCCACAUACAGCAGGUUAGCUGUACGUCCUUGGCUCUGACAGUUAAUAAAUGCCUUCAUCUUUACUGGGAAAACAUGAGAGAGAAACUCAUUUCCCUUCCCCAGAAGGGAAAAACAUGUGUGUUGCAGGAAUUCCCCGACUUUCAUUUCUGCAGCACUGUGCAACUGCAAAGCUGCUGCCAGCACUUCCCCUCCCUGCUGUGUGCCAGGCUGCAGGGGCUGCUCUAAAGGAGCAGGGUAAGCAGCUGCUCUAUUCUUGAGCUCUGCAGCACCAUGCCCCUUAACCAGUUGUGGUACCUCAAUCACUUCAUUCCUACUUUGCCUCUGGAAUUUUCAUGCUGCCUCAACUGUAUGUGCAAAUAUGUGCCAGAAGGCGGCACGUGGAAGAGGAUGCAAGAGCAGCGCAGUGUUAAAAGCUUGAGUCAGGCCUUAAAAUACCAGUGACAAGGAAGAGUUAAUAGUCUUACCUUCCUGCUCCUUUGGGCAAAUCUUCACCAUUCUCACCUAAAAGAAAAAUUGCUCCCCAGCACUUCCACUGCUGCAGCAGCCGUGGAAAGAACACAGCAGUGCAGGGUGUCACAUUUGAUCUUUAUUGCUUGGAUCAAAUGUCAAACAAUUACAUUGGUCUAAAAGAUUACAACGAUGAAGGCCAACAGUGUAAGAAAAGGUAGUUUAAUCACGUUCAGAAGUCUGCAUCUGAGCUAGCGAGUGCAUUAACAGUCAGAAGGUAGUGAAACAGACACAGAUACACAAGACCAGGACGAGGGUUUUUACCUCCUGUGCUGCCUCUGUCAGGGCUGCAUGGCAGGAAGAGUGCAGGACACAGGCAGCUGCUCAGGGCACUGCUGGUGCACUGCAGUCCUCCCCAGUGCCUCCCCAGGCAGAAGUCACACUGCAGGCAGAAUGCAGCUCGCUGCAGUUACAUUCACUGUCUACAUUUGCUCUCACCAGCUAGAAAGGGGUGGAUGCAGUUGAUGAUUUAGUACCUAAAGUCCCACAGACAACUUCAUAAUUUUUUCUCUUCAAGUAUCAGCAUAACAGUUUAUUUACACUUCUAUACAACCUUUUUUUUUAUUUUUUAUUUUUUUUAACUCAAC